AGCAUAGAUGACUAAUCAUUGAAGAAAGUAGGCAACAAUUAUGAAGAGAUAGGUGGGUAGGGGGUCACCCUGCAGGAGACCAUCUUAUAGUUGAUCUAGGGGCGGGGUCCUGUUUAGGAGGAUUGUCCUCUUGCUUGAGACUAGCAACAUUCUUAUCCAUCUUAUAGUGUUGUUUGGGAAACCCCUAGUGAGCAAAAUGAGAAGGAGGGAAUGCCAACAGAUUGAGGCAAAGGCUUUAAGGAAGUCAAUUUUGAACAACAUAGCGGCAGCUUUCCCAAUAUGAGAGGCACUGAGCAGGACGGUGGCGUAAUUCCUCCGCUCCCGCGAGUGCCCCAGGGGGAACCUAAUCCGCCGCCACUCUUCCCCCUCCUCUUCCCUCCUUGCUCGUUGUCGCCCGUUGCCGCCAGGUGGAGCCCGGCUAGCAGGGGAGGCGGCGGGGCCUUCUCUUCUACGCCGCUCGUGCUCCACGGCUGGCGCGGGGGGAGUGGUGCCGCUAGACUGUGGCGGGGCCCAGCGGCAUGGCGGCCCGUCCUCGGGGCUGCGGUGGGGGGCCUGGUGGCAGCUCAUCGUCAACUUAGGCGGCGCUGGUGGUGCGGUGGGCUCAGACGAGGCAGCGUCGUGCUCGCGCUUCCCCGACUAGAUUUGCUCGCUUUUGGCUGUGAACAGACAUCCAGCGUCGUAGGGUGGUGCAGUGUUCUAGCGAGGCGGUGCGUGGUGGUGGUCUGCAGUGCCGUGGCUACGACCACUGUGGUCGCUUGGGUCUUGUCGCGGUGACGACGGGAUGUUUUCCCGCGGUGAUUCGUUUGUGGCAUCUUCCUCCUUUGCUGAUAUAGGUAAUUGGCUCGGCUGGCUGGCGCGGGACCUAGCUUGUGCGAAUCUGGUGGUGGUGAUCAUGGCUUGAGGGGCUGGCCGAAGGUGCACAGGAUCUUGACGGUGGGAGGCAUAUGUCGUCAUGGGGUGCGUUGGGCGGCUGAAGCCUGCGGUUACCGGAUCUCGCUUGCCCUGCUCUGGCCAUCGAGGCCGCCAAUCUUGCCAAGGUGUCCACUUUGGGCCGGAAGGGGGGGUCUUCUCCUUUCUGGUCGACAAGUUUAGUAUGGUGUGCCAAUGGCCGAGGGAUGCUCUCAGAUGCCGGGGCGGCGACCCUGGAGGUGGGAGGUGGUGUGCUCGUGGGCGGAUCACGUGACUCAGACACGGUCUGGUGACCAUGGUCGUGUGGGCGGCGUGGUGACCGGGUUGUGAUGUUGGGUGACGGUGGCGCGGUUGUUCGCACCACAACUCGGCGGUGGUGAGUGCUAACCGGGGUGAAAACCCGUUCUGACUUGUUAGGCCGGUGACGAUGGCGUGUUGGCAUCAUCCCCUUCGUGAAGGCAUCGUUGCAUGUACUCAUUGUUGUCGUGGUGCUCCGGGGGAAACCCUGAUCUUUGGAUUGGGCGGUGGCGGCAUUCUGGUGUCGUUCCCUUCCAGAAGGCACCGCCUUGGAGUCUGGCUUCGUCUUAUGGUGCUUUCUUAGCAUAGUACGAAAAUAUAAAACUUUUUUGCAGAUCAAAAUACAUCUGUAUCAAAAUUUAAGAAGUUGGUGUAGUUCAAAUUGAAGGAUAACCCCCAGCGUCUUACAUGCUAGUAUUGUCUUUAUCUUAUGACAAUUCUCUAAUUUUGUGCAGGUACUUAAUCAUAAUUGAUGAUCUAUGGAGUACUUGCAGGUACUUAAUCAUAAUUGAUGAUCUAUGGAGUACUUCAGUAUGGGAUAUUAUUAGGCGUGCUUUUCCUGAUGGUGAUUGUCACAGCAGAAUAAUGACAACUACCCAAUUUGAGGAUGUAGCAUCGGCAUGCUGCAGCUAUCAGUCGAUAUACAAAUUUGAGAUGGAACCUCUAAAAUAUGAUCAGUCACAAAGAUUAUUUUUCCGUAUGGUGUUUGGCUCUGGAGAUAAAGUUGCUUUUCCUGGGUGCUUGAGAGAAGUUUCAUCUGAGAUUAUUCAGAAAUGUGGCGGUUUACCAUUAUCAAUGGUAAAUAUAGCCAGCUUGUUGCCAACAGAAGAAAGCGAAAGAAACCUCCAGCAAUGGAAGGAUAUUCGAGAUUCCUUGCCUUCCACUUUGAGGACAAAUCCUACUUCCGAAGGGAUGGCAAAAGUUAUAAACCUUAUAUACAAUAAUCUUUCCCCUGAAGUGAAGACAUGCUUGCUAUAUUUUGCUCUCUAUCCAGAAGGCUACACGAGCAAUAAGGAUGACUUGGUGAAGCAAUGGAUAACUGAAGGUUUUACAGGGGAAGGAGAAGAAAAAGAGGACACAGCGCGGGGGUAUUUUGAUGAGCUUGUCAGUAGAGGGAUGAUCCAAGCUGUAGACAUCAAUUACUGUGGGGUGCUUUCAUGUACACUUCACCACAUGGUACAUGAUCUUAUUAUGAAAAAAUCCAUGGAGGGAAACUUCGUUGUCGGGGUGGAUAACUUUCAGUCACUUCCUAACAAGGUUCGUCGUCUGUCAGUCAAAUUCGGUGGUGCAAGGAGCGGACGAAUACCAACGGGAAUCACGCUGUACGAAGUUCGAUCACUUGCAUUUUUUGGAUUCUAUGGUUGCGCGGAUUUCAUUGAGGAGUGUAAGCUUCUUCGGAUUCUAAUUCUCCAUGUGUGGGCUGAUCAAGAUGAGGAUCCUUUUGAUCUCUCUGGAAUUACUACACUGCUUCCACUGAGAUAUGUGAAGAUUGCAUGCAAUAUCCCCAUCAAACUUCCAGACAAGAUUCAAGAUCUGCAAUACUUGGAGACACUGGAAGUGGAUGCGACAGUAGUUGCUAUCCCAUCAGCUAUCAGAAAACUCAGCAGGCUCGCCAGUCUAAAGAUUGCAGUUAGAGAGCUAUUGAGGCAAGAUAUUUGUAUCCUCCAAGCACUGCCAGCUCUCUCGGCAUUGUCACUGCAUGUGUGGACUACACCCGUCGAAAUGAUCGUCUUCGACAAGGGAGAAUUUUUAGUUCUCAAGUGCUUUAAAUUCAGAUGCCCUGUGCCUUGGCUGAAAUUUGAAGCAGGUUCAAUGCCUGACCUUGAGAGUCUCAACCUAUGUUUCAACGCCCACCAAGCCGAUCAGCACGGUAUUGUGCCAAUCGGCAUGGAGCACCUGUCAGGACUCAAAGAAAUCACUGCACAUAUUUGGGGUUCAGAUACCGAUGUAGGAUCUACGUUCAGAAGUGCAGUUAGCAAUCAUCCAAGCAAUCCUAGAAUCAACCUUCGGUUGGUCGAUCCUAUUUUUCAUGGUGCCGUAACCACAAGUGUGGGGACGAUCAAAGUGGAAGAUGAGAAAAAGCAAGCUGCUGAUAACAAGUACUAAAAGUCUUCCAUGUGCUCCUUGUGGGACCUGAUUUUUUCUAACGACCCUGCAUGGUUGUCAUAAUCAGGAUGUCUACGUUAUCCCGGUAUAAAAGGAUGUCUACGUUGCCGGGAUCCUCUUCAAGUGUGCAAGGU